UUAUCUCAAGCAGCAGCUGCGAAUCAAGUGCAACACAAAUUUCAGUGAAGUCGAAUCGAAUCGAAACGAGACAACAACAAUAACAACUGGAAAAGCCGCUUAAAUUUAUUUGCAUAGCCAAAUGAGUUUAUCACAAGUAGCCAACAGUUAAAAAAUACGCUUUCUGUGGGUGUCUCUCUGUGUCCCUGUGUGUGUCUGUGUGUGUGUGUGUGUGUGUGUAGUGGAGUUGUGUGCAAAAUGUUUGCUCAAAUGCAUCAUGGCUUAAAUGCAGGGCCAAGCCUAAAGCAGGCAGCUGCUUGCAAUUGAAAACACAAAACAUAUAAAAGUAUCUGCAACUGUAAACAGCCAACAACAAAAAAAAAGAAACCAACACACAAAAAUUCCACGUGUUGAGCAACCAAAACCAAUCAAAAAAAAGUUAGUUAACAAUCCCAAGAAACAUAGCAACAGCAACAACAACAACAACAACAAGAAAUGCAUUCAUCAAACGGCGGCAAGAUGCAGUUUUGGAUAACUUUGACAUUUGCAUCGCUUUUGGUUGGCGUGAGCUGCAGUGCCCAGGUAGCCGCCACUCAGCAAAAUUUCCGCGUAACCCCGCACGAUCUGCAAAUACUGGAGGGCACCGAUACGCUAAUGCGCUGCGAGGUCGAUUCGCGCGCCGGCAAGGUGCAAUGGACCAAAGAUGGCUUUGCGUUGGGUUUCUCCGCUGUUAUUCCCGGUUUUCCGCGCUACUCGGUGCUGGUUGACGCAUCACAUGGCUCGUAUAAUUUGCAAAUCAAGAACGCCACGCUCGAGGACGAUGCCGAGUACCAGUGCCAGGUGGCACCAGCCCCUGGAAAUCCGCCCAUUCGCGCCAAUGCCAAGCUGAGCAUUGUGGCAGCGCCCAGCAGCAUUUCCAUCGAUGGCUAUGCACGCAAUGCCAAGGUGGAGGUUGUCGAACGCCAGAACUUAACGCUACAGUGCAUCACUGAGAACGCUAAUCCGGCCGCAGAGAUUGUUUGGUUUCAGGGCGAGACACCGCUAACUAUGGUGCCCAUUGUCACAGUGAAUGAAACCUCUGUCAAGCGCUUCCGCACCAGCUCCACGUUGCACUUGGAGCCACGUUCCGAUGAUGAUUAUAAGGAGUUCUCCUGUGAGGCGCGUCACAAGGCACUGCCUCCCGACGUGCCCAUGCGGGCUCAAGUUCAGCUCUCUGUGCUAUACCCACCCGGUCCGCCAUUCUUUGAGGGCUAUAGCCAAAGUGAAACUUUGCGUCGUGGCCAGGAGGUACAAAUCGCCUGUCGCAGUCGCGGCGGCAAUCCGCCCGCUCAGCUGAUUUGGUAUCGCAAUGGUGUGGUCAUCAAUUCCCCACAACGCACCUCGGGUCGCCUCUCGGAGAAUGUGUACAAGUUUACGGCCAAUGCCUCGGACAAUGGUGCCAAUUUGGUUUGCGAGGCCAAGAAUCUGCUAUCCAAUACGCCCCUGCGUGCCGAACUCAAUCUGACUGUCUUAUACGCACCAAAGGAUGUUUUCCUCAGUGGAGCUAGCCAUGCUAAGGUCGGCGAUGCUGUGCAGUUGAGCUGCGUAACAGCCCCCUCGAAUCCACCGGCGCGCAUCAAUUGGUCCAUGAACGGAAGACCGUUGACUAACAGCACGUUCAAGACGACAACUAGCGCCGAUGGUGGCUGGGUGAGCAGCUCCAAUAUAACGCUGAAUAUUGAUUCGCAGAGUCGCACCUUUAUUGCCGUUUGUCAUGCGCUCAAUGCGGAGCUGUCACAGAAUGUGGUCGGCUCCCAUACGGUGAAUGUUUUGUAUCCUCCAUCGCCGCCCUUGUUGACGGGCUAUAACGACGGUGAUAUUAUCAUAUCCGGUUCAAUACUGAAACUACAAUGCAGCUCCGCUGGUGGCAAUCCGCCGCCCACUUUGCAGUGGUAUAAGAACGAUAAGCGUUUGAAUGCCGCCUCGAAGGUAACGGAGAAUAAGAUCAGCUCGGAAUUGUCGUUGCUGGUGAAUGCCUCUGAUAACAAUGCUAUCUACAAGUGUGAGGUUCAAAAUGCUGCCAUCGACAUACCGUUAUUUGCGACAAAGACGUUAGGCGUGCACUUUCCACCGGAGACAGUGAAAAUUAGCGUUGCGCCCAAGAAUCUUGUGCCCGGUAUUCGAGCCAAACUGAUCUGUGAUUCCAGCUCCAGCAAUCCACCAGCCAAGAUUAGCUGGUGGAAGGAUGGCAUCCCAGUGGAGGGUCUCAAUCUGGCCAAUAGGCCAGGUCUCUGGGGCGGUUCGGUAUCGACGCUGGAAAUGCAUGUGAACAUUACCCAAGAUCUCGAUGGAUCCAUUUACACCUGCCAGAGUCACAAUGAAGUACUGCAGCGUAGCGUGCACGAGACCAUCAGCCUGGACAUACUCUUUCCGCCCAAGUUUGAUGUGGCGCAGGUGACCAACUUUGUGGGUGUGGAGGGUGCACCACUGCAGGUGGAAUUGCAUGCGAGUGGCAAUCCAAUGUCGAUAAGCUAUACCUGGACCAAGGAUGGUCUGCCCAUUAGCAACAAUGCCCUCAGCGGACAGCGUUUGAUCUCCGACGGACCCAGUCUCAAUAUAAGUCGUCUCAGUCGCAACGAUGCUGGCAUCUAUGUGUGCGAAGCACUCAACACACAGGGCACAGCUAUGCUCGAGGUUCAAGUGAUUGUCGAAUAUGCACCCGUGAUUACCUCAGUCACCGAGGGUCAGAGUUUUGCCUCUGGCGUACAGGCUGUUCUGGCUUGCCAAGUUCAGGCCCUGCCAUUGGAUGCGUCACAUGUGCAUUGGUCACGACCCGGUUACGAUUUUGCCACACGUACCACUUCAACAUUUGAGAACAACACUGCCCUGUUGCGCAUUGAUAAUGUUCAGCGUGGGGAUAUUGGUAAUUUCACUUGCACUGUCGACAAUCAACGGGGACCGGCUGCCACACAGCACGUGCUGCUCGUGGUACAAACCUCCCCGGAGAUUGAUCAUACACCCGCCUACACACGCUUUGCCGCCCGUCUGGGCGUUCGGGCUCAGCUCAUUUGCCGCGCUUUGGCUUCACCGCAGCCCAGUUUCAUUUGGCGUCGCCAUGGCAAGGAUCUCAAGAUGCAGCGACGCAACAAAUUUACAAGCGUCGAGCGUCAGGAGGAUCCACUGCACUUUGAGUCCGCACUGCUCGUGGAGAGCACCUCGGCGGACGAUUACGGACAGUACGAGUGUGUGGUGCGUAAUUCGAUGGGACAGGCCAGCACCACACUGGAGUUCAGUAAGCCAUCCCGGCCAGAUGCGCCUCUGCAGCUGCGUGUAGGCAAUGUGAGUGAUGCGAGUGUGGAACUGAUGUGGACACCUGGAUUCGAUGGCGGCAUGCAGGUGUAUUAUCGUGUACGCUUCAAGCAACAGGGUGAGGAUAAGUACAAGUAUGUGGACGCCAAGGUGGGUCAACAGAACAUCACGUUGGAGGGUCUCAAGCCUGGCGGCACCUACUACUAUUCCGUGAUGGCACACAACGAGGCAGGUGGCAGUAAAUUUGUGCCAGAUAUUAAGCUGACGCUGUCAAAGGGUUCACAGCCACAUUCGGCGGAGUAUACGGAAAAGGAUGAGCUGCCCAAUGUGAUGAUCAUUGGCAUUACAUCGGCAGCGAUGGUGUUGCUUGUGUUGAAUGCUGCGCUUGUCGCCUGGUUUGUCAUACGACGCCAGAAUAAGACACAGGGCGAAACGGAACCAAGCAACGAUGAUGCCUACUCCAAGGAUGAUAACCAGUCGGUCUAUAAGCUGCCCAUCACUGCUUUGCAGGCGGAUGUGCAGAAGAAGGCAGCCGCCUCCACCUAUUUAGUGGAGAACGUGGACAUCAUACAGUCGACAGCUUAUCCGCCCAAAUACCAAGAGAGCUCUAUGUGCACUCCACCCUAUCCGCUGUGCAAUCCGGACUUCACCCGCACCCUACCCAAUCCGAAGCGGCACAGUCAACGCAACAGUGCAACGGGCAUGAUUGAUGGAAUGCCGAUGCGUGCCAAGGAUGAUCACAUGCUGAUCUCCAAUGGCCUCUAUAUACCAUCACCUUCGCCCGCUUCCUCGCUGGUCAUCAAGGGCAGCUACAUAUCAUCGCCAUCGCCAGCGCCGCCAGCCGAUGGCUCCUAUUUCAAUAUGAGCGACAAAUACAUGUCCUAUCCACCAGUGACCUACUAAAACAGAGCAGUGCGUCAAAGACGAAGACAACAAGCACCAGCCAAACUCCAGCUAGACUGAUUGACAGCACAAAACAACAAUAGCACCAACAACAGCCAAAACAUCAUCGGAUACAUUGAAAUUGAAUUCGAGUCAAUUUCAGUCAAUAGGAUUUCUGAUUUUGUGUUUUAUGUUUUUGCUUUGGGUUUUGUUGAUGCUGUUGCAAGUUUUAUGGAUUUCUGUUUAUAAUUAUUACUAAAUGACGUUGAUUAUUAUGGAGCGCAAAUGGUAGAAACAUGUUGAAUGUAUUUUGAGAAAAGACAUUUGCAUGCGGCGCUCGAAGGCUGUGAUAAGUACCUGUAUCCAAGGCUCUCUCAACUCCAUUCGGUCCGACCGCAUCACGAUGGCCAACACGCACAUCAAAUGUUGGAUUCACAUCAAUCAAUGCAACCGAUGCCGAUGGCAAUGGAUUUGCCUUUGGGGCAGGUGCGCAAAACCCACUCUACAAAUGCUUGCCCCCUCUCAACACAAACAAACAAACCGACAAACAAACAACAA